AUGACGUGUCAUAAUCUGCUGCCCCCGUCUCCGAGCCCGCCGCCCUCGGGGACUGUGGGGGCAGCUGCAGGCGGGCCGGGGGGUCCUCGCGACCACCUGCUGCGAGGCCGGUGCGCGGAACCCACGCACGCCUUCCAGCCCCACGGCCCUUCCCCGAGAGCGGAGAACACUUGGGCUCACUGGCCGGGGUCGCCUCCCGUCUCGGUCGCCCGAACCUGGAGUCUGGAAGCCGCACCCCGACUGCCAUGCUUGUGCACGCGUGAGGUCGCACGGCUCUGCCCCAGGCGGCCGCCCCCCGCGCCGGGAACCCCAAACUCGGCACCGCGAGCACGCGUCUCCCGCUGCUCCGCGCCCGGAGCCAAGUUUCUGGCACAGCCACUUCCAAAAAACUCCUUCCGCGGCGGAAACAGAAACCGCGCUAGGAACGGGGGGCACUGGCGGCCGCGAUCAGGGCCGUCCGGGCCACAUCUUCCCGGGGCGCGCGCCCCCAGCACGGCCCACACGGCGACGACCCCGGCUGCCCUCGAGGAGCGCUCGCACCCGCCGGCUCGGGAGCAACGGCGCGCGCCCCCUUCCCGCCGCCGCGGCCCCCGACUUUCUCCGCGGAUCGCCCACACGACCAGAGGCCGCCCUCCGCUUCCGCCGGCGCCCGCGCGGGGCCCGCUGCCCCGGACGCGGGGCCCGCUGCCCCGGACGCCGGCCCCGGAGCCCGCGCCGCCCGCGCCUCCGCCGCCCAAGUUCGCCUGUGAGCGCCGCGCGUCCCGGCCGAGGCGGGCCGGGGCAGAUGUUUUCACUGCCUCAGAGCACAUGGCCCCGAACAUUGCUAAUCCACAGCUCCCCAGUGCACAGACUGGGAGUGAGCAUUUCUGUCCCAAUUCCAAACUCCCGUGACAAGGACUCUGAUCUGCCCGGCUCAGGCCAAGGAGGGACACUCUUUACCCAGUAUUUUGUGUGAUAGCAGGGCUGGGGGGAAAGGCAUUACAAAACUGAUUUUACUCUUUCUAAGGAAAAAUGUAUGCUGCAUAUAUUGUUAGCCAAAACCACGUUAUACCGUUGGGCUCUACCCUCUGAGAUUUCCUUCCUUGAAGGGGGAGAGCAGUAGCAGACAGGCCUUCCCCAUCAAGCACAUCUCUCUGGGCGCCCAGAACCUUCUCCUAACCUCUGCGUUAAGGAGACCGGUCGCAAGAUACUGCAGCAUGAUCCACUGCCUCCAGUGCCUUCUGCAAGCCCUUUCGGGUGAUGAAAUGGGAAGAACCUAAAAUGGAGGCAGUCAUCAGCAGCCGUUCAGGGGCAUAAAAGGAGCCCGUCCAAAGUCACUGAGCUCUGACACGCUGGGAGGCUGAGAUUUCCAUGACA